UUUUAGUUCCUCCAAAAGUUGCCUUUUUUGGAGGUUGAGAGUGACGCUGCAUUGGUUUUCUGGUUGAGGAAGAAGAUGAUGACGACCCCGCUGCCGCGCUGCGUCUUCCGGAUUACUUCUGGCAGGGGAAGGGGUUAAGCGCGCCGGUCAACCUGAACAUGGACUCCGGCGACAACGUUGCUUCAUCCUCCCGGACGGCGGACCGAGAGCCGCCGCACGGCCGUCCCGGAAAAUACAUCGCACCCACGCAGCCGCUUGCCGACCGCAUGCUCCGUGCCCUCCGCCACCCUCUCCGCCUCCUUCACCGCUCGGGCGCAUUUUUCUUCGUCUUGGGCGCCACCGGGAACGUCUACACGGUGCACCUCGCAGCCGCCGGAAAGUCAUGCGACUGCCCCGACCGUACUGCGCCGUGCAAGCACAUACUCUUCGUCAUGAUUAGGGUACUAGGCCUUGGCCAACACGAUCCAUGGAUAUGGAGGAAGACUCUCCGGCGAAGCCACCUCAAUUCCCUCCUCGGCUCACCAACCUCCGCGGACGUACUCGCAACAGCGGAGGUCCGGGAGAAGUUCCACCAGCUCUUCUCCUGUGAAAAGCCGGCGGAGAAGCGGGACGCAAUAGAGAUCCGGGACGGGGCCGCUUGCCCGGUCUGUUUGGAGGAGAUACGGCGGGAGGAGGCGGCGGCGGCGGAGAAGAGGAUAGCGGCGUGCGGGACGUGCAAGAACCCGAUACACACGGAGUGCUUGCAGGCGUGGAAGAAGAGUAGUAGUCGGCCGAGGCGGUCUGCCGUCACCUGCGGCAUCUGCCGUGCACGGUGGCGCGAUCCCAUGGCGGUGGAGCAAGAGCCGUACCUUAAUUUGUCGGCUUAUGUUUCCGGCGAUCGUACAUUGGCCGCCGGUGGUGAAAGCCGCGGUUGUGGCGAUUAGCUGCUUAUAAUUGAUUAAUUAACCAUCAAUUCAUCUUCAUCAUUAAUUACAUGGACAUGUACAAGAAGUCUUCCAUUGCAUAACUUUCU